GUUUUCCCUAACCACACCUUUAGCCACAAUUUCAGCGUCAUUUAUGACAUGGUACCUGAUGGAGCAGCGACUAUUGCCUCCAGAUGGCGUUGGAAGCGUUGCAACGGUCCUGCUGCCUCAAUCAGACUCGGUCCCUGCACGCGUGGGCUGUUCACGACGGCCCGACGAGUUCCAGGAGCUGUAUUUGGCAGGGAGUCGAGUACUUGUCAUGUUACAGGAUCUCGCCACGUUCGUGUGCAGCGAAGCAGGGCGACGCGUGUUGCCAUGGCCAUUGGAAACAGUGCAAAGCAGGGCUUCUGAGCUCUUUGAGGAGCUUCGGAGCAAGGUGAACGAGACGCAGAUCUUGGAGCCCAUCCUGGAAGCAGCUGAGGCGACUCGUAGCUUUGGCCUGGAGGUUCUAGAACAGUUGCGGCCGCACUUAGAGGUUCCCCGGCAGCGCUUCGAAAGCGUCUCCGGAAGCAUAGAGGAGGUUCUGCAGAGCUUUGUGGAGAGUUUCUUAGAGAAGUACCCCCAGCAUCGACAGAGCCUCUCCGGACUCCAUCCAGCUGUGCUGCUUCUGAACCUGACUUUCUUGCUGCUGGCUCUGGGACAACUUCUCUACGGCACCCUAAGGCUUGGUAGCAUGCUGUGCUGCUGCUUUUCUCGGAGACAAGCGCGGUCCAAGAAAGGAAAGGCUCCUGAGAAGCUCGGUAGAACUGAGCCAUGA